CUCGGCCUUUCCCACCCUUCCACGCCUUUGAUUGCACACAUUGUCGACGCUGUCCAACCCGUUGUUGCUAGAAAUUGAAGAGCUGCCAACAUGGGUAUCGUAGAGAAGAUCAAGGAGAUCGAGGAGGAGAUGGCGAGGACGCAGAAGAAUAAGGCUACAGAGUACCAUCUCGGUCUGUUGAAGGCAAAGCUAGCCCGAUAUCGAGCCCAACUGCUUGAGCCUGCGACGAAAUCGGGAGGCGCAGGGACAGGUUUCGAUGUGCAGAAGUCCGGCGAUGCCAGGGUGGCCUUGAUUGGCUUUCCCUCCGUAGGAAAGUCCACCUUGCUCAACAAGUGCACCCACACCGUAUCGGAGUCGGCGGCGUACGAAUUUACAACGCUUACCGCGAUUCCUGGUGUCAUCGACUAUCAAGGCGCGCGUAUCCAGCUGCUCGACCUGCCUGGUAUUGUGGAGGGUGCUAGCCAGGGUCGUGGCCGUGGUCGGCAAGUCGUCUCGACGGCAAAGACAGCUGAUCUCAUCUUGAUCAUGCUGGAUGCUACCAAGUUGGAAGAGCAAAGGCGAUUGCUUGAGAUUGAGCUUGACACGGUUGGCAUCCGCCUCAACAAGAAAAAGCCGGAUGUCGUUUUCAAGCGGAAAACAACGGGUGGGAUUACGCUCAACACUACUGUCAAGUUAAGUAAGACCGAUGAAAGAACGAUACGGACUAUCCUCGCGAGCUACAAGCUGCAUAACUGCGACGUUAUGAUUCGUGAAGACAUCACAACGGACGAGUUUAUCGACGUGCUAAUUGGAACGCGUAAAUAUAUCCCUUGCUUAUAUGUCUAUAACAAAAUCGACGCCAUCAGCCUUGAGCAGAUGGACAAGCUGGCACAUGACGACCACACUGUGGUUAUCAGUUGCGAGCUCAACCUCAACCUCGACUACCUCAUCGAACGGAUGUGGGAAGAACUCGGGCUUGUUAAGGUGUACACGAAGAAGCGUGGAGCGCAUCCUGACUUGACCGAUCCGAUUUGUCUGCGCAAGGGUGCCACGAUCGAAGACGUUUGCAAUGGUAUUCACCGAUCCCUGGCAGCAAAUUUCAGAUACGCACUUAUCUGGGGGAAAUCGUCGAAGUUUUCACCGCAUGCACAGAAGGUGGGGCUCAAUCACCUCGUGCAGGACGAAGAUGUCGUUUCUAUUUUUACCAAGUGAAUUUGUGUCGAGCGUCCGGAAGAGCUUGGCGGCCGCGCCAUCCACUGUACCCUUACACGAGCUGUACCAUAGAAAUCAAUCAUUAGCGUCAGGCGAUGUACCUUUCCUUGCCUCCUUUUUGCGCUAGUAUCGUUAGUGUUGUCAGCGGUCCGCGGCAAUGUUGACGCCAGAAGAUGGACACCGG